AUGGCGCCAAUCUCCCCACCCCCCAGCCCAUCCGCCCGCCAACACCACCACCACCACAUCAUCCCCCCCUCCCGUCUCCGCAAGCGCGACCGCCUGCGUCCCGCCGUCAUCCUCCUCGCCGUGCUCUCGAUCCUCUGGACGGGAAACCGCCUGCGCACCGCGGCUGCUGCAGGGGAGGGAGGCAUGUACGCGUAUCCGCUGCGGGGCGGGGGGGAGGUGAAUUCGUUUGUUGGAGGCGGGGCGGUGCUUCCACAUGUUGCUUCUGGGGCGGGACUUGGGGAUGAGUUGGUCGAGGGGAAGGGAGGGGAUGAGGAGGGGGAGAAGAAGAAGGUGGGGGAGAGUGUUUGGGGGACUCAUGGGGUUGUUGGGGGGUGGUUGUUUAAGCCUAAGGAGAAGGAUACGGGGACUGGGAAGACGACGACGACGAACGAGACGGGUGGGGAGGGGAAGAAGGGUGGUGUGUUGGGGAGUCUUUGGCGGGAGCAUGUCGCUGUGAAGGAGGAUAAAGAUGACGGUGGGACGCUGGGAUCUAUAGCUGCUGUCGAGCCGGCGACGCCAGAUGCGAAGGAUGGUGGUUCCAGUGGGGAGAAGACGGAGUACAUAUCUCCCUCGCUGGCGGAACAGUUUGCGCAGGAGAAGGAAAUGUAUAUGGACGCCAGUCGGGUCUCGCAUGACGGCGGCGACGGUCGUACUCCUCCGCUGCCAGUGCCCGUACAAGCAGGUCUCGCCGUGCCAGCAGCAGACCAAGAUACGACGGCUUCAUUGCCAGCACCUGAGCAUAAACAGGCUUUGCAAGACGACUACGACAACGACGCAGUUGCCCUCUUACCUCAAAAAAUCCCAGAAACAGCUCUAAAGCCACCCGUCGAAUCUGGCCUUGAACCUCUCCCGCUGCCACUACCAACGCCAUCCAGGAACGACCAACUCACAACCCCGGCAGCGGGACUCGAACCUUCGACGAAUCCCGCGGCCGCAGACCAACACGCAACGUGGGAGGAGGGCGUUGGCCAGGAGGCGGAUGCGAAUGCAGAUGCAGAUGCGGAUGCAAACGCUGCUGCACGGGUGUCGGAUUCGAAACAACAGCACCAUGGGGGCGCAAUGUUGGGUGCCAUGAACAUGGGCAGCAUGGGCCUGAGUGGCGGGUUUAGAAGGUCGUAA